AUGGUCAACGGCACCAAGGGUUCACCCGUACUGUUCGCCAUGGCAAACACCACCUUGUUCGAUUCGGCUUUGCCGCCGCUGCCCUCGUAUACCCUCGAGCCCAGAGGCGACUUCUUUUCAUGGAUUUCUGACUUUUGGCUCUCGCUCAUCCUGCCCGUCUUCGUCUACUGGGUAAUGUCGCUAUUCUUCCACGUCAUUGAUGUCCUCGAUCUCUUUCCGCAAUACCGCCUUCACACCCCCGAAGAGAUCUUGCGCCGCAACCACGCCUCCCGAUACGAGGUGGCGCGCGACGUCGUUAUCCAGCAGAUUAUUCAGGUUGCCACGGGUACUGUCUUGGCCCUGUCCGAGCCUCCCGAGGUGAUUGGAAAGGCAGAUUAUGACGUUGCCGUCUGGGCUACUAGACUUCGACUUGCCCAACGAGCCCUGCCUGGUUUUCUGAGUCUUCUCGGUGUCAAUGCCACCGCCAUCUCCAAGAGCAUGUCGGCAACGCAUCCUUUGCUAGCUGGUGCUCUUGCUGGCGGUUACUACCCGUUUCUCUCAUCGGCUGAGUCUACUGCGCCUGCUUUUGCUCCCUGGGAGAUGGCUGUUGCUAAAGUCCUCUAUCAUUUCAUCAUUCCAGCCAUUCAAUUUUUUGUGGCCGUCUUCUUACUUGAUUCAUGGCAGUACUUCCUGCACCGACUGAUGCAUGUGAAUCGAUGGAUGUACACUACUUUUCACUCCAGACACCACCGACUCUAUGUUCCGUACGCAUACGGCGCCUUGUACAACCACCCACUGGAAGGUUUCUUGCUGGAUACACUCGGUGCCGGUAUUGCGUUCAAGCUGACCGGCAUGACGGUUCGCCAAGGCACUUGCUUCUUUGCCUUCUCGACAAUCAAGACUGUCGAUGACCACUGUGGAUACGCCUUUCCCUGGGACCCUCUGCAGCUCAUCACUUCUAAUAACGCCGCCUAUCACGACAUUCACCACCAGACCUGGGGAAUCAAGACCAACUUCUCCCAGCCAUUCUUCACCUUCUGGGACGGCCUAUUGGGUACCAAGUACAAGGGCCCUCGAGCCGACAGACUUGCCGAUAAGAAGCGAACCGAGAAAACGAAAUAG